UCAGGCGAACGGCACCACAAACGGACAGCACGGAAGAACAAGAAUUUUCAACGAAAGUAACCACGAUUUAACUUCAAAUAUAAAAGUUCAUCGAAGUAGUACUUUACAAUUAAUUGUUACGAAAAUCAUAUAAUCGUUAUACAGUAGAUAAAAAGAUAUUUCUAGUAUUUUUUUAAACAUAUUCUUGUAAAAUAAUGACAACCAACGGUAGUGAUACGAACAAACAUUUUUACAAUCCAUUCAAGUACACUUUUAAUUAUUCCAAUCCAUUUAAGUAUACUUUAAAUAAUAAAUUGCAAAGGGAAAAAGCAUCUGCUGUGAUUGAUGAAUUUGAGGAACAUCUCAAAAGUAUAUCUGGAAAAUGCCUUGAUAUAGGUUGUGGACCUGGAGAUAUAACAAAAGAUAUGAUUUUGCCGGCUCUUGAUCCAAACGCAGUAGUAAUUGGUACAGAUGUUUCAAAAAACAUGAUUGAUUAUGCGAACAAAAAAUACAGUAUACCGAAAAAACUCGAAUAUGACGUUUUAGAUGCACAAACUAAGAAUUUGCCUACAAAAUACUUAUCUGAAUUUGAUUUUAUAUUUUCAUUCAAUACUUUACACUGGUGCAAUGAUAUCAAACAGACAUUUGAGAAUAUUUAUCGCAUGCUUCAACCCAAUGGAACUAUGCUUAUACUUUUUGUAGCAUCUCAUAAGAUAUUUAAAGUUUUGGAAAAAUUAGCAAAUGAUGCUCGCUUUACACAACACAUAACGGAUUUAAAUAAGUACAUGUGGCCAUUUCAAAAGUCAGUCAAUCCUCGCAAGGAGUUAAAAGAAUUACUUGAAACUGUCGGAUUUACGGUCAAUCAUUGCAGCCAUCGGGAAUCAUUCCAUUUUGACGAAAAUCCGGACAGAUUUUUUUCUUCUAUUGCGUCCUUCCUUGAUUUUAUUGAAGAUAUGCCAUACGACAAGAAAGAAGAAUUUAAAAAAGAAUUUGUGGAUAAAUAUGCAAAAACACAAAUUAUCUGUAAACAAAAUGAUCAGAAUACGGUAUUAGAGGUGUACCGCGUAUUAAUGGUUUUUGCUCAAAAACGUAUGCCAUGAAUGUGUGUGCACAUUAUUCAUUUUAAAUGAAAUAAUUAUUUUAAUUAUAUAUUUAAUUCAA